CAGGUCCGAUUUGCGCUCUCUUCGGUCACCUCCUGGCGGUCUAUUGAUGGGGACUUCGACUAUGUCCAAUUCUGGCGGACAAUUGUUGACUUCUUCGAAAGGCCCCCCGGUCGAGAAGCUCGGCGCAGGAUAGACAGGCUCUUGGAGUGGUGA